UAUACUGCGUCUGAGGUGAGCAGCAGAGCAGUACAGCAGCAGAGUCGUAUUGCAGCAACAGGAGAAGGAAGGUGCAGAACUUCCUCGGCUAGCCAUGAGGACUUUGGGGAUAGUGUUGGCGCUCUUGUGCUGUGUAGCAGCUCAAGAGUGCAACCCCCGCAGUUUCGGAUAUGACAGUGUGGUUUGCGUCUGCGACGAGACCCACUGCGACCAACCAGGGGUCAUUGACUUCCCUGAUGAAGGUAGCUUCACCGUCGUCACCUCCAGCAGGGAUGGACUCAGGUUCAACGUGGAGACUCUCCCUGUCUCCAGUGAAGCGUCUCCCGAUGCUGAGGUGGUGACACUGAACAAGGAUGACGUCUACCAGACCAUGCUAGGCUUCGGUGGCGCCUUCACUGAUUCCACAGGUCUCAAUGUGGUUGCUCUCUCCAGCGAGGUUCAGGAAUACUUCCUCAGAUCGUAUUUCGCACCUGAAGGAAUCGGGUAUACCUUUGGUCGCAUCCCCAUCGCUGGCUGUGACUGCUCCACCAGGACCUACUCCUAUGAUGACGUGGAAGGAGACGCUGAUCUUGUACACUGGAACCUCACUUUUGAGGACUACGAUUAUAAGAUUCCUCUGAUCCUGCGAGCCAAAGAAAUGACGACAUAUCCACUGAAGAUGUUUGGUUCGCCCUGGUCCUCCCCAGCCUGGAUGAAGACUAACGGCAUGUUCAACGGGUCAGGAAUACUGAUAGCCGAGUAUUGGCAACCCUGGGCCAAUUAUAUCGUUAAGUUUGUGGAAGCUUACGAAGCUGAGGGAGUUGAACUAUGGGGUCUCACUCCACAGAAUGAACCUCUCGGUGGCCUUACUGACUGGAAAAUUAAUGCUAUUGGAUGGUCGGCUGAAUCAAUGCGAGAUUGGCUCAAAGGUUACCUGGGACCCACACUGGAGGCUGCUGGCUACCGUCACCUCAAAAUGAUGAUACAUGACUUCAACAGAGACUCGUUGCCUUGGUACGUCGAGCCAAUGCUCAAUGACCCAGAAUGUGCCCAGUACGUCGAUGGAAUAGGUGUCCACUGGUACUCAGAUCAUAUAAUUCCCCCAGAAGUUCUUGAUGAGACGCAAGCUCUGUCUCCAGAAUCAUUCCUUCUUUACACAGAAGCCUGUCAAGGCAAUGAGGUUGAGGGUUCAGAAUUAAGCGUGAACCUUGGUUCAUGGCAGCGUGGUGAGGAGUACGUCCACUACAUGCUUGAUGCAGUGAACCACUACUCCACGGGCUGGGUGGACUGGAACAUGGCUCUGGACAUUCUGGGAGGACCCAACUGGGCUAACAAUUUCCUCGACUCUCCCGUCAUCGUCGAUACUGAAGCGAACGAGUUUUACAAGCAGCCAAUGUUCUACACUAUUGGUCACUUGAGCAAGUUCGUGAUCCCUGGUGCUGAGCGUAUCACUUGGACGACCACAGCGACUAACAUUGAGGUGGCUGCCUUCAAUGACCCGUCAGGCCGCACCGUCGUCGUUAUUCUCAACACGAAUGAUGUGGAAGAAGGGUUGACCGUGACAGAUGGGUCUGAAAAUUUCCUUAAUUUCAAUAUACCUGCCAAAGCGAUCCAGACUAUCCUGUACUAGUAUAAUGCAAGAUGCAGCAAGAUUCCAUCAUCGAAAAAAAAUUUCCCCUGAAUAACGAAGACAAAAAUUUUUGUCUUGAUUCACUAUUUCAUGAUCUCAACCUCUCACCUAGUAUAUCAGUUGACUUCUAUAAGAUUAUGCAGACAAAUUAUACAUUCUUAGCCUACGUGUACGUGUGGAUAAUAAUUAUACAUAGUACCACUUAUUCAUCACUUCUGUGGUAAUUAAAUAGCGACUUGUUCCUAUUAGAUAACUUUCAUAAAACACCUAUAACGGAAAAUACUAAACUAUUUAAUACCUU